AUGAUCAGCCAGUUCGGUACCCUUUUCCGCGCCUGGCGGGAGGGGCUCGAUCCGACUGGGCGAGAUCGCUUGAGCUGGGGCGAGUUCACCCAUGUUUUCCGGCUGCCUGGUUGGGCCUCCACGGAGACCUCCAGGUGCGGCAACGUCAUGGCAUUGUGGGAGGAACUCGACACGGAAGGCAUCGGGGUUCUUCGCUUCUCCAACCUGGACGAGGCCUUUGCAGUCUCCCAGAAAGCAUGGCCCAUGUCUCCCAAGCUCCCGAGUACUCACCGGCAAGGGCCCAUAUGA